AUGACACGAACCGCAGCAAUUGCUGGUCUACUUGCAUUAAGUCUUCCCGCGCAAGCGUCAUCAGGCCUUCCCUUCAUCAUCAACACGUGGGGAGGACCCUUCACCGCAGCCACCGACGCCGCCUAUCUCUCGUUGCAAAAUCCUGCCACUUCAGCUCUCGACGCUGUACAGGUCGGUUGUUCCACAUGCGAGCGAAAUCAAUGUGAUGGGUCCGUUGGCUUUGGUGGAUCGCCCGACGAAAAUUGCGAGACAACCCUGGACGCCAUGAUUAUGGACGGCACAACAAUGAAAUCUGGUGCGGUAGCAGGUUUGCGACGGAUUAAAGACGCCAUCGCGGUCGCACGCUACGUACUGGAAUACACGACGCACACUCUUCUCGCAGGCGAUCUGGCCACGCAAUUCGCUGUCUCAAAUGGCUUUCCCUUGAGCAAUCUUACGACGGCCGAGCAGGCAGCGAGAUGCACAGCGUGGAGGGAAGACAACUGCCAACCGAACUAUAGGAUUAACGUGACUCCGGAUCCGAAGUCAUCGUGUGGGCCUUACACGGGUACCGCACUUAAUUCGACAUCGCCAGCUUACAAAAGAGCGAUCACACCCGACGCAAGUCAAACAUCCCACGAUACCAUCUCCAUGAUCGCAAUCCACGCCUCUGGUAUCAUGGCAGCCGGAACUUCAACGAACGGUGCAACCUGGAAAGUCCCUGGACGCGUCGGUGACGGCCCAAUAACAGGCUCUGGAUCCUACGUUGACGGAGACAUUGGCGGCUGUGGCGCUACGGGUGACGGCGACAUCAUGAUGCGGUUCCUCCCGUGCUACCAGGCUGUGGAGAACCUGCGGCAGGGUAUGAGCCCGAAGCUAGCGGCCGAGGAUGCGGUUAAACGCAUUCUAAGGAAGUAUCCUGAGGGUUCGUAUGGGAUUGUGGUGGUCGAUAAGUAUGGCGAGCAUGGAGGGGCAGGAUCGGGUUGGACUUUCACAUAUGCUUUUAGGGGGGGGAGUAUGAAUGCUACAGAGGUGGUGUCGGUGCCGCCGUUGAACGAGACAAGAUUGGUAAUGCAAGCGUAG